AUGACGUCGGCCGCAGCGUCGUCCUCCUCGGCGGGAAGCGCCCAUGAUGACGCCCCUGCGACGCUGAGCGACGCCGAGCGACGUCGCAUGGCGGGGCUGGGCGGCGGCGGGGCGAGCAUCGGCGGGUUGCCGCCGUCGCGAAGGCAUCGCACGGUGGCGGCGUUCGUGGCGAUGUCGCUCGUUCUCGCGGCUUACGUCAUGGGCGUCGCGCCGUCCCUGCCGCGCCUAGGACGAGCCAUUCUCAGAAGGAGCCGCGCAUCCCGCCCGUCCGACCCCAUCACGCGGUGGACGCGGCGCCUGGCGGAGGGAGCAGCGCUGGCGGCGGUGCGCGAGGGCAUCCGCCCGCUGCCCUUCCGCCCGGGACCCGCGCUGCAGCGCCCGCGCCGGCGGAGAGAGCAGGCGGAGGGGGACGAGGCGGCUGUGGUCAGCCAAGGGGAGGCGAGGAAUGCGCUUGUGCUGACCCAGCUGCGGCUGCUCAUCGCAUCCGUGGCAGCGCACACCAGGUGUCCACUCACCUUCCACCUCGUCAUUCCACCCGUCGACCUCAAUGCCACUCUCGCGGCGCUGCACACCUUCCCUGCUGUGCGCAUCCACCCGCUGCCCAGCCCUUUCAUCUCCGUCACUUCUCCCUCUGCCACCGCUGCUAACGGCAGCUCCACUGGAGAGCCUUCUGGUGCUGGCUCGCUGCAGUUUGACUCUGUCGGUGCGUCAUCGGGGUAUCAAGAGUCCAAAUCAGAUCUCCGGAAGCUCUCUGCCGUGCCUUUCUUGCUUGCCAUUCAUGCUCUUCCCAUGCGCUGGCUCAAGGCACAAGCCAGGCUGCUCGGCACGCAUCCGAACCUGUCCCCUGACGGGCCUGCUGCUUUGGGUCGGUUUCUCCUGGCAGAUAUCCUUUGGCAGGUUGACGCUGCUAUUGUGAUGCAACCAGACGUGAUUGUAGGGGGCGACUUGCAGGUACUCUGGAAAACGAUUGAGCGGAGUAAGGGGACGAGCGAACUUCUGUCUUUAAUUGUUCCUCUGGAAGAGGUUCAGGUUGGGGAGGAGGAGCAGCAGCAGCAGCAGCAGCAGCAGCAGGGAGGGCUGCUAGGAUUGGGGAGUUGGUUUAGGAGAACCAGGGCUCGAAUAUCGCUUAAUACGAUGCGAAUGGGGAAUGGCGUGCUGCUGAUGAAUCUGGAGAGGCUCAGAUUGCACGGCACAGGCAAGCUUCUCUCCCGUGCACUACAACACCGUCCACUCACAUUGGAGCCCCUUUUCGAUCACAACCGUCUUGAAUCCUCUCUCUUCCUCAUUGUCUGCCGCAAGUUCCCGCGAACCUGUGCUCCUUUAUCCCCGCUUUGGGCUAUUGACGGUUGCUCUCCUGGCACUCCUUUCUCUGGAUUCUCUUCUCACGGUCGAGAUGCUGCUACAGGAAUGUGCUGGAUGCUUGCACACAUGCAUUGCCAAGCACCUGCUGGUGCGCCUACAUGUCUGUUCUGCCUGAUUUGCUGCAUCUUUUCAGAAUGGAGUGGCUAA